AUGGGAGAGGAUAGUACAAUAUCAAACAUUAAACUGUUUGAUCAAAAAAUCGGUUUAUUGCUUCAACCAUAUUGUAUAGGAAAUGGUGAUUGGCCAGGAGUUGGUGGAUGCUAUUUUUGUAAGCGAACAGUUUUAUACUUGGAGCCAAAAAAUUCAAAUCAUCAUUUGAAAUGUGUAAAUAGUUGCCCAUUCGGUACUUAUCUUCACGUUAUCAACUUGCAUCAUCGAGGAGGGUCAAGUGUGCAUCGAUCAUCAUCAUUUUAUUUCAGCAUGAAGGAUCAAGACCUACUUAAAUCAAUAAAAAGUGAUUUAUUCACUCGAUCCCCAUGGAGUCAAACUGAUGCAAGUCUUUUUCACAACUUACCUUCAAAAGUCACACAAGAAAUUGCCGAUUGGUUAUCGAAUCAUACCCAACCAAAGUUAUAUGGUUUAGCACAAAUCUGUCUACCGUGUAAUGAACAAUGCCAUUCAGAAAUUACUGCAGCUAGACAGUCAAGUGAAGGGAGUCCAUCUACUUCUGUUGCAUGUUAUGGGCCAAGUCCAGAACAGUGUGUACGUUGUGUGAAUGCAAGUUAUCAAGGUCGUUGUGUUUCUGCUUGCCCGACAGGAACUUAUCCUAAGAAAAAAUCAUUCCGUAAUCUUGAUUCCAGUGCAACAAAUUAUUCUUAUCAAUAUCAGCGCCAAGAAAAUCAGAUGAGAUCAUCAAUGGACUGGACUGAGUGUUUACUAUGUCAUAAAGAAUGUGAAACUGGAUGUACUGGGCCAACACCUACAGAGUGUACACAUUGUCGACAUGUUAAAAUCUACCUUGAUUCAGAAAAGAAGUCAUGGUUAUGCAAUAAUACCUGCCCUACCUUCAGUCCAUUCAAGAUACCAGAAACUAGAAGUGGAGAAAUUGUGUGUUCAAGUGAUAGUAAUAUGAUCCAUAUAAUACCAUAUAAUGUAUCGAAUUUUGGCAAAGAAUAUCAGAUCAUUACAGAAAAUGUUUCAAUAGUUGUAAAUAACUUGAAUAGAACUAAAGAUCUUGAUAUGAUCAGUGAUUUAUUGUUAAAUAAUCAAUAUUUAUCAAGUGAAACUGUUGGUUUAUUGUCUGCUCUAUCAGCUCUAUUCAUCAUGUUAAUCCUCUUCAGUUUUAUUAUAUGCUGGACAGUUCAUACACGAUCAAAGUAUAUAAAAAUCGAUUUAAAGAGUGAAUACGGGGAUGAGUUUAACAAUGAUGUCGAUAAAACUGAUUCACAUUUACUUCCAUUGUCAUGCAGUAAGAUAUGCAAAGAUAUUUGGACUCAAGGUAAACCUCAGCCAAUGAUCAAGAAAACCAAGAAAAAGACGGAGAAGUUAAAGGUUGAUCAAUCAGUUUCCAGGAAGGUCUCUACAGAAAAAUAUAAAUGUUUAAAAGACAAACUAUUGAAUUCCUUAGAGUGGAGUGGAUCACAGACACCAGCUAGUGACACAACAUCACCGGAUAAAGAAGAGAAAAGAACCAAUUUUUCGAGUGAGGAAAUAUCACCAACGCAUUCAAAUAGCUUUAAGCCAAACAUGGCAACACUGCGUAUAAUCACUGAGUCAGAAUUGAUUCGAGGCCCAUUAAUUGGUUCUGGCGCAUUCGGUACAGUUUAUUGUGGUGUAUGGUGUCCGAAGUUGAUUAAAACAAAAAUUGACACAUUGAACAAUACAUUGUGCAGUACAUUAACUAAUGCAACCACCACCACCACCACUACAACUACUAAUACUACAGCAGCAACAACUCCAUGUGCAUUGAAUCCAAUGAAAUUUGACUGGGAUAAACAGACAAAUGAUAUAGAGUCGAUUACAACAUCAAUUGAGGAAAAUUAUUUCAAUCUAAACAUUCCAGUAGCUAUUAAAGUCUUAUCAGACUCAGCUGAUCCACAGACCAAUAAGGAAUUACUAGAAGAAGCGAAGGUAAUGGCAACAGUGGAUCAUCCAUGUUGUGUACGCUUUUUAGCUUUAUGUUUAACAUCAAAACUUCAGUUGAUAACACAAUUUUUACCAUUAGGAAGUCUUUUAGAAUUUGUAAAAACACAAUGGGAUACAGUUGAAGUAAGCUCAUUAUUUCAAUGGUCUGAACAAAUCGCCUCUGGUAUGGCAUAUUUAUCAACUCGUGGAAUUAUACACCGAGAUUUAGCUGCUAGAAAUGUUCUUGUUCAAUCAAAAGGACAAGUACAAAUAACUGAUUUUGGACUGGCAAAAUGUUUGGAUACCACGAAUAGUGAAUAUCAUGCUAGUGGUGGAAGAAUGCCAAUUAAAUGGUUGGCGAUUGAAUGCAUACAAGACAGAAUAUUCUCGAGCAAAUCGGAUGUUUGGGCUUAUGGUAUAACCUUGUGGGAGAUGUGUACAUUUGGACAGAGGCCAUAUGAAAAUAUACACGCUAAAGACCUAUUGGAUUUCUUGGAAAAAGGCAAUCGUCUACCUCAACCUGAGACAACAAGCCUCGAUUUUUAUUGUUUAAUGCUGCAGUGUUGGGAUGUAGAUCCAAAUUUCCGACCAACAUUCAAGGAAAUAUGUACUGUUUUAUGCGAAAUGAAGACAACACCAAGUCGGUAUUUAUUCAUCGUGCCGGAACUCCGUCUUCAUAAUUCUGCAACCAGUCAACAAACAUCAUCAUCACAAAGUGCAUUUGAAUUUUUGAGUGAUUGUCUGACUGACACAACAAUACCGCCACUACCACCACCAAAACAAUCUAUUCCAAAUCACAAUUAUGAACAAGCCAAUCAAAUUGUAGGACAGAAUUCAGAUUUUAUCGAUUAUAUUGAAUACACACAAAUGCAUUAUGAUUGGUUAAAAAAUUUAUAUGUAAAUAGUAAAACAAAUUUAUUUCCAGAAUGUGUUAAAACACUUCUAGAUAAUUACAAUAAUUAUUUAAUUGGAAUAAAUAUUAAUGAUAGUAGUAAUACUAAUGGGAAUAGUAAAUAUGAGGAUAAUUAUAUACGAUUUCAAAAUCAAGUAUUUAGUAAGUAUAGAAACAAAAGUAUUCAUGAAAACAUUGAAACCAAUGAAAAUACCUGUUCAAAUAAAGAAUACGCUGAUGUACACAGAAAUUCAUUGUCUAGACAAAAGGAACAUACAAAUAUAAAAGAUAACAAAGAAAGUUUAGAGUAUUUGGAAGUUAAACCGGAAUCCUUUGAAAGAAAUCCAACAUUAUUCAAUGUUAAACGUGGAAUUUCAAUUUUCGAUAAAGACCAGGUUCAAGAUAGUGACAAUAGGUAA